AUGGAGGAAAUAUCUUUAAUAAAAACAGAAGAAAGUAAUAGUCAUCACCAUCACCAUCAUGAUAAUGAUAAUAAUAAUGAUAAUGAUAAACAACAAAUUAUUAUUAAUAAUAAUAAUAAUAAAAUAAUUUAUGAUAAUAAAUGUAUUUAUCAUUCAACACAAGAUAUAAUUUAUUUAUGUGCAACUUGUGAUAAAUCAGCAGCAUGUGUAGUUUGUCUUGCAAUGGAUGAAUAUCAUAGAGGUCAUAAAGUUGAUUUAAUUGAUUUUGAGAAUACAACAAUUUUAUUUAAUCAAUUUAAGAAUCAACAAUACCCAAAUUUAAAAGAAUGUUUAAAAACCGAUAAAGAAUUAGAAGAAGAGUCUGAAAAAGUUUUCAACUCAAUUCAAUUAAAGUAUAAUGAAAAUGUUGAUAAACUUAGAGACGAAUUUAAACAAUUGCAUUCAAUAAUUGAUCAAAUUGAGUUGGAAGCAAUUUCAAAAUUGACUAAUCACUUUCAAGAUAAUAAAGAUUUAAAUUUAAAAAUUAAAUCAAAAAUAAUUGAAAAUUCAAAAAAUGUAAAUUUAAUUGUUGAAAGACAUAAACAUGUGAUCGAUUCCUAUGUCGUAUCAUGUGAUACCACAACAAAUCAACAUAUUGAAAUCAUUAAACAUAAUCAAUUAUCAAAAUCAUUAAUAGAUGAAAAUAAAUCAAAAAAGAAUCAAUUAGAUAAUUAUAAAAAUACUUCAAUAGUUUUCAAUGCAAGUUUAACUGAAACUAUUAAAGAAUCAAUUAAAUUUUAUUAUUAUACAAUAACUUCAAAAUCAAUUAAUUUUAAAACUUUAAAAAAAAUAUAUUUGGGAAGUGAGGUUUUUAGUAUUUUUGAAAAUGAUUGUAAAAUUACAGAUGAUGUUACAUGUCUUGCUUUGGGGUCAGAUGUUAGGGAUUUAAAAGCUUUAGAAAAUACAAAGAAUAUUACAUCAAUUUUAUUAUUGGAUGGUUUUCCAUUACAAUUAGUAAAUGGAUCUUUACCAAAUACAAUUACCUCUUUAUAUAUUUCAUCACUUGAAAAACCAUUAUUGGUAGGUUCAAUACCUCAAUCUGUAAAUUAUUUAUAUUUAUUAAAUGGAUUCAAUCAGCAAAUUGAAAAAGGAGUCAUUGGUUCCUCUGUUUCAAAAUUAUUCAUUGGAAGUGUUAAACAUCCAUUUUUAAAUAACACUAUUCCUCCAACUGUAAAAAAUAUUUAUAGAUUACCUGGAGUCGCUUUAACAAUUUUAGAUAGUAAAUGGAAUGGUCCUUUUAGUUCAUCUCCAGGUGUUUGGCAACAUCCAAUCAUUAAAACAAUUGUUGAAGAAAAGAAUUCUUAA